GAGAGGAUUGGCUGAAAACGUGUGGCUCGUCAUCACCCUCAGCCAAUCAGAGGCCGCAUCUAAGUUGUGUACCAGGAUGUUGAUGUUUGGUUUCAUCCUCACGCUAUGCAUCAGUACAGUGCUCACUGUUCCAAGCUUAUUAGACCAGCAGUUAGAAGACCACUGGCACCUGUGGAAGAGCUGGCAUGGAAAGAAAUAUAAUGAGAAAGAGGAGAGCUGGAGGAGAAUGGUGUGGGAGAAGAACUUUAUUAAAAUUGAGCUGCACAACCUUGAGCAUUCUGUGGGCAAACACACCUACCGACUGGGCAUGAACCAGUUUGGUGAUCUAACAAAUGAAGAGUUCAGGCAGGCAAUGAAUGGUUACAAGCACAACCCCAGCCAUAAAUCAAGGGGUUCUUUGUUUAUGGAGCCCAGCUUUUUUGAGGCUCCCCAACAGGUUGACUGGAGGGAGAAAGGCUAUGUCACCCCUGUCAAAGACCAGGGUCAGUGUGGUUCUUGCUGGGCUUUCAGCUCUACAGGGGCCUUGGAGGGCCAGCUGUUCCGUAAAACGGGUAAGCUGGUUUCUCUGAGUGAGCAGAACUUGAUGGACUGUUCCAGGCCAGAGGGCAAUCAAGGCUGCAAUGGAGGCCUCAUGGACCAGGCCUUCCAGUAUGUACAGGACAACAAUGGACUUGAUUCUGAGGAGUCUUACCCCUACCUUGCAAUGGAUGGUCAGCCUUGCCGCUAUGACCCCAGUUACAGUGCUGCUAAUGACACUGGAUUUGUGGACAUUCCCAGAGGUAAAGAGCAUGCUCUGAUGAAGGCUGUUGCGGCUAUUGGUCCUAUAGCUGUUGCUAUUGAUGCUGGUCAUGAAUCCUUCCAGUUCUACCAAUCUGGCAUCUAUUAUGAAAAGGAGUGCAGCAGUGAAGAGCUAGACCAUGGAGUCCUGGUGGUUGGUUAUGGAUAUGAAGGUGCUGAUGUUACAGGAAGGAAAUACUGGAUUGUGAAGAACAGCUGGACUGAGAAGUGGGGUGACAAAGGCUACAUCUUCAUGGCUAAGGACCGAAAGAACCAUUGUGGCAUUGCAACAUCAGCCAGCUAUCCCCUGGUGUAAUACCACUGACAGUUCUCUGCAUUCUGGAAAUGCUAGGAAGAGACUUUUUUUUUUUUUUUUUAUUUUUUGCUGGUUUUAGUUUGACUAUACUUGCGGCUUGAAUUUUUAAAUGCGUUUUUAGGACUUUAAAAAGUGUAAAUUUUGGCUGUUCUUUAAGACUUUUCUACAAAUACUUGCAUCUUUGUAGUGCACUUCUGUUUACAUUAAUACUCCGAAACCGUUUUCUAUUGUGCAUGCACAGUGUUUUUAAAUGUGGAUCACAGUGUUGCAAUGAUCUACUUUUGCUCUACUUGACCUGU